AUGUUUGCACAAUCUCUGUCACGCGCUGCCAUUCUGGCUACUCUUUGUUUCGUAGGCCUCGCGUCUGCUGUGAGAGAAUCUGGCGAUCCCAGUCCUGCUAUCAUCUCAGUGUCGACCUCGACCACGACCUUAAGGGCGGACGAAACCCAGACCGGUAACCCUGACGACAAGGUCAUGGUACCUUGCGCUGGCCACAUCACACAGUGUGGUGUUGAAGACAAAGCCAAGAUUAUUUACGUACCGAAAUCAACCAGAACCAUCACCAACAAGAUUGUCACAACCUCGGUCGUGGUGCUUCCAACGUCAACCAGGGUCAUUGAGAGCGUUACAGUUUCAACCGUCACCAACACAACUAAGGGCCACUGUCGUGAGACUCACUAUCUUCCCGGUGAACCCGUUGAAGUCACAGUCGAUGUCCUAAUUGUGACUACCGAGGAAAUCCAACCCAUCUCAAACACUACCACGUGGAUCACCAGUGUUGUUACCGCCAGUGCCAUCGAGCAAUGUUUUCUUGAGAGAUACACUAUCCUCGGACGGGGUCCGGGAAGCCAGGGAAGCCCAGGUGCUUCAGCAGCAGCUGAGGCGGCAUCUGCCCGCUCAUCCGACAGUGUCAGCCCGGCCGCAUCUACACCUGCAGCAUCAGAUGAAAGCCACUCAGACGAUGAUUCUGCCCAGCAGCGUUUGGGCACGGUUGAUGAUCUACCCGAGGUUAUCGGGUCAGAUGGAGAACCCUUGAGUUAA